AACUUGCUAAUCUUUUUCCAUUCAGAGCAUUUUUUCAUGGUGAGCCUUAUCGGACAGUGAACGGCGAUGGCAGACUCUGAUGCUCAAGAGACUCGCCACCCCGCGAAGGACUCGCCCUUUUCCAUAAAAAACCUACUGAAUAUAGAAGAGAAACAUACGAAGCCAAAACCCCCAAUGGGCCCGAUAAAAGGAGUUUUCGAAAGCAGCUUCUUUUCUCGGCUUGGUGACUUGUCUUUGCCUCGAUUUGAGUUGCCCGCACAGAGAAUCGGACUAUCAGCGCACUAUUCCUGGUGGUACCCGUAUACGAUUGGAGCGCAUUUUAAGACUGGAGGAUCUGAGAAAGCAUCACCAGCACCGGACAGGCGCUCCCCGGAUCUUCAAAAAGGCGACCAAGAUGCCAAAGAGGAAAGCGCCGACGACGACAUCGCUCUAGAUGAAAGUGACGCGGAAGAGCCAAAGAAAGAACCAGACCAAGAGGACGACUGGAGGAGAAAGACCGACGAACUAGACUCCGACAAGAAGCCCUGUCGGAAGAAAAAGACGCGCACGGUGUUCUCCAGGAGUCAGGUCUUCCAGCUGGAGUCCACUUUCGACAUCAAGCGUUACCUGAGCAGCUCGGAGAGGGCAGGCCUAGCUGCAUCGCUGCACCUGACCGAGACGCAGGUGAAAAUCUGGUUCCAGAACCGGAGGAAUAAGUGGAAAAGGCAGCUGGCUGCGGAGCUGGAGGCGGCCAAUAUGAGCCAUGCGGCAGCUCAGAGGAUUGUGCGAGUCCCAAUACUUUACCACGAGAGCGGGGCCUCAGAAACGAGCGGGGGCCCCGCCACAAACACGCAGAGCAGCCAGUCACUACUGGCUUUUCCCCACCACAUGUACUAUUCCCACCCAGUCCCACUCCUGAGGCCAGUGUGAGAACUGUGAUGUUAUGUAAUGUACAUAUGUUUUUAAAUGAGAGCAACGCAGAAUCAAAUUUUGUAU